AUGAUGGGUGGAAAGGCUCUCGAAGUCCCAGUCAAACAGUAUGGGGCGCGAUGGAGUGUUCUGGUCUCGAUCAUAUCCUCGAGAGUCAAGUUCUCCAGGGCACCAAGGAGUCUUGAAGGUGUUGUACGAUGGUUUUGUGUCGUUCCCGAGUUCGAGAAGCUUGCUGAUCUUUCUACCCAUCGCUUGAAGCGCUACCAGGUUCAUGACUCCUACCCGGCGCCUAGCUACUACUCCCCGUACGGAGGAUACCAAUACCAGUUUCCAACCCCGCCAGCCCAGCAGCAUCAACAGUCGCAAGCCCCGCCAUACACCUUUGGACUCCAGCAGCAGACCUCGCAGCAGUUGCAGCCACCACCACCCGUCUCGCGUCCCACGGCGCAACCCCCUCUGCAAGCGCGUAACCCACCGCCUUCACGACAACCCUCGCAGCCUCAGCAGCAACAACAACAACACCAACAAUACCAGCAGCAACAUCAGCAGCAGCAGAAUGGACGCCGGUCACCUUCGUCGUCCCCAGAGGCGGAUCCCGGUGCACCUCGCCCGGACAACAGCGCAGCGGAGGCAGAGCUCGAAAGACAGCUCAUGGACGCCUUGAACAACGACACCGAACAAGGGCAGCAGCAGCACGUGGCCGGGCAAUACCCCAAUCACGGCGACGACAAUGAACCAAUCUACAGGAUGCCACCUCCACCGGAGGAGACCUAUCCUAGUGAAGAGGAACUGAACAAGGCCAUGCACGACUGGAGUCUGGCACACGGCUACGAGCUGGUACGUCGCGCCUGCAAGAAGAAUGCGCGAGGCGAGCAGUAUAAGCGCUACUACGACUGCUCUCGGCAUGGCAAAAGAAGGACUAAGCUGCGAGAAGAGGACAGGAAGCGGAAGAGCAAGAAGUUGAACGCCUCCGAGUGUCCGAUGAGCGUGGCGACCGUCGCAGUCGACCCAGCGAAUCCUCAGGGAGAAUGGCAGAUCCGUCAUAGGAAGACGCAUCACAAUCACCCGGCUGCCGAGGGCAAGGAAUUGGCUGGCCACCGGCGUAGGUUCAGGGACGACAAUGUGUUGAAAGCCGUAAAUGGCUUGUUCGCUAUCGGAACGCCUACAUCGCAGGUUGUACAGUUCUUGCAGCGGACGAACCCAGAUGGUCUUUUCACCCGGACGGACGUCGCCAACAUGAAGCUGAAAUGGACCAAGCAUGGUGAUUCCGCUGGCCCGCCAAAGGAAAGCGAGCCUCGAAAUAAGGCCAUCUUCAGACAGUAUGGCGGAGCUUGUCACAUGUGCCGAACUAAACAUGAUGCAUGCGAGGGCAAGCGACCGAAAUGUGCGAAUUGUAUCAAACGUGGCUCGGAGUGCGUCUAUGACCCUCCCAAGAGGAAUCUGACUCAGCCCGUCAUCCCCAUCCGGCCCCCUGGGAGUGGGAGUGGCGGACCGUCUAGCUCGCAGGUAGAUCCCACUAUGGAUGAUUCGAGCCCACUGCAACCGCCACCACCACGAUCAAUGCCACAGCAGACCCCGCAACAGCAACAAACUCCGCAGCAGCAGCAACCUCCCGCCCAGCAGAAUCAAGGACAGCUAUCUACCACCCCAGCCAUUGGAUCCCGACCGCGUGGCCGACCUCCCAAGAACAAGCCGCAUCCAGUCGAUGCGACGACGGCAAGUCAAAUCCUCGAAGACCUGCGCGGCUUUCAGCAAGAAAACUUCACCCCACAGCGACUGGAGCUAAAAUCCUCCUCGGUCGAGUAUCUGGCCCAGAGCACUUGUGGCACGGGUGAAAGCUACAAGAACCUGCCAAUCCUGAAUGGUGCCAAUGAUUGGGAAGCAUUCAAAAACGCCGUCGUCAUUGCAUCAAUGAAGGAGAGCACCUACGAUGUUCUGAUGGAUGCAAAGGGCGAACCGGAACGCCCUCAGACAGCGACGGACGCCCUCGGCAAACCAGAGGAAAUCCAGACGUGGAACGAGUACAUCAAACAACUCGCCAUCUACCGCCGCCGCAACGAACUCAUCGUCGCCGGCAUCUACCCGAAACUGUCCCAGUACUACCGCAACCGCGUGCACAACAUCACCCAAGCCAGCGCGGUCUGGAACAUCCUCGAAGACACCUUCCAGCCCCGCGGCUGCGAGAUGGCGUUCCGGCUGUUCAUCGACAUCCACUCCAUCACCCUGGCCAACUCGCACGAUCUGAAGGACUACAUCCACCGCCUCGAAACUACGUAUGAGAAGUUCAAGCAGCUCCCGCUCAACACUAUGCUGCCUGCCACGGCCGGACAGCACGUGCAGCGGGUGAAGGAGGGCAGGGAGGCGAUGCCGGAGGAGAUGAUGUGUUUGCUGUUCCUGCAUAAUUUAGGCCCGGAGUGGAAGCGGUGGGUGGAUGGGUUGUGUGCGACGAAUAAUAUUGGGGGGUUCGGGACGGGCGAUCGGUUGGGUUUGAAGGAGAUGUUCAAGCGGGCGCUGUCGUAUGAGGCUAUGCAGCGGAGGGAGCUGGGGAGGGUGAAUGGAGGAGCGAGGUCAUGA